UAUCUAAAUAGGUUGUCAUGCUUAAGUGAUUCAUUAAGGUCACUCAAUGCAGCUGGUAAUCUCUCGUCUCUACAAUUCCUGUGCUUCUGCUGAAAAUGAAGAAAACUUUAGCUGUACCUGAAUUGCUGCAUGCCGGUCUGACACCUACUGAGAUUGCAGCAAAUCUGAGAAUAUCCAGAUGUGCAGUCUACAAAGUUAAAAAGAAGCUGAAAGAUACUGGAACAGCCUCACGAAAACCUGGGUCUGGAAGUGCCCGAUCUGUGCGGACCAAAAAGUUGAUUGACAUGGUGAUUUGUGGCCACUCCAGAGUCCAGAUCUCAAUCCCCUGGAUUAUAGCAUAUGGGCAACUGUGGAGGACAGUGCCUGUAAGAAGCCACAAACUUCUGUGGCAGCCUUGGAGAGGUCCAUUGUUAGAUCUUGGGAAAAGAUGACAGCAUCCUACAUAAAGAAGACCUGUCAAGCGUUCCGUAGGCGCCUGGAGGCUGUUGUGACACUUAAGGGAGGACACAUUGAAAAAUAGAGUGUACUGUACAUGUUCUUUACAAUAAUGUAUAAUUUGUGAUUAAAUUCUAAUUCUAAGAUGAAUAAACAUGGCAUUUAAGUUGUAUUAUGGCAGUGUAAACUUUUUUUUGGGUCACCCUGUAGUCUAAGUUCUGGAAAUUGUCAUUUACGCACUGUUAUAUUACCAUUAUAUCACCACUUGCUGCUAGUCACUUAUUCACUUUAUUUCCAAUCGGUGUACACUGUAACCUGUACCUGUAACUGUAACCUAAGUUUUGUUUAAUGUGGUGCAUGUUAUGGCCAAGCUUUAAAUCUCUGUUGUGAUCUGCAAUGACAAUAAAGACUUUCUAUUCUAUUCUAUUCUAUUCUAUUCUAUUCUAUCGACCCUCCAAAAUGCAUACUGUUUCCAUCUUAAAUUGUGGUUUGGAGAAAGAAAAAGCAGCUGGAUCAAGUCACUACGCUCGCCUGCAAAAGCCAUCUGAAGAUAUGUAUUCAACUGUUGUAAAAACAGAGAAAGAAAAAGCAGCUGGAUCAAGUCACUACGCUCGCCUGCAAAAGCCAUCUGAAGAUAUGUAUUCAACUGUUGUAAAAACAGAGAAAGACGCAGCAGCUGGAUCAAGUCACUACGCUGGUCUGCAAAGGCCAUCUGAAGAUAUCUAUUCAAACAUUGCAAAUACAGCCAAAACAGCCCAAAGUACUGUGAGACCGUACAAAGUUGCAUGCUUGAUCCUGAGUGUACUCUGCUUGGUGCUGCUCCUGGUCGUCAUUGUGCUCAUUGUGAAAAUUUAUCCGAAAAACCAAGCCAGCUGGAUUCAGGAGACAUGCGACAAAGACCAGUGCAGUGCUUUGACACCUCAAGAUGAACACCGAUUUCGCUGCUGCUACCCGUGCCCUCGCGGGUGGGUGAGGCUAGACCAGUCCUGUUUCUUCUUUUCCACAUUCAACCUGAGCAAGCCUGAGAGCGAGAGCUACUGUACAAGGAAAGGUGGACAUCUGGCCAUAAUCAAAAGUGCCAAAGUGCAGACCUUCCUGAGUGAAAGCGGGAACGGCUUGAGAUACUGGUUCGGUCCACACCGAAGCGGGAAUCAAUGGCAAUGGAUCGACGGCACACCACUAAGGGAAGACGGGUAUGACACAUAUUGGCGCCACGGGUACAACACAUUAAGGGGCGACUCAUCAGGAUAUUGUGCUGUUUUGGACAGCAGGCUUCCCACCAUGGACAAUUGGAAGGACUAUAAUUGCUGGGGAAAGACCUACUUCAUCUGUCAGAUCCAGAUGUGAAUUGCACUUCAUUAGCAAACCGGGCGAUAGAUGGUUGCAAAUUGUAUAACGUCGCAUAGUAAAUUGUCUGUAGCUGUUUGUAGCAACUGUUCUUCAGUUAUUUCUUUCUUUUUUUUUUUCUUUUUUUUUCCUUUCAGGCAUGACAAAUCCAAACAAACAUACAGCAUUCAUAUGUGUUAACAUUUAAUUCAACCCGAAAAGAAAAGGGCAGACGGGAGAAGCCGAAGCUUAUUGAAUCCCGCCCCCAGUAUACCAUAGGACGCAGAAAUGAUCGAAUAACAAUUUUUGACAUUUCAGGUUGUGUAGUGAUUACAAUGUUUUUUUUUGUUUUUUUUGUUUUCAUUUUUGUCCGAGAGUGGUCAGACACAGCGGCCGCCAUUUUCCCCAGCUAUCCUCCAUAUAUCCAGACUUGAAUAUGUUUCCCGGGCAGGCGCGUUGUCCAGGUUCAGAUCGCAUUUUAGAGAAGAUCUUGUCCAGGGCACUCAGUGACCAAUUGACGAGUUCCAUGUCUUUUCAGAAUGUCACAAUACUACUAUUAAAAGUCAACUGUCUGUACACUUACAGAGCCAAAUGAGUAUCUGUCCUUGUGAUGUCUGGUUGAGUUCUGUUUGCAUUAGCUUUGAGUUCUUUUCUUUUUUUUUUUUACCCUCCUUUGUUUUGGGUACACUUGGUUUUGUUUGCAGGUUUGAGUUGUCACCCAGACAUUAUUUUCCUUUUGUACAAUUCUUAUCAUCACCAAGAGUUAGAUUGAUUGAUUUAUUCCAAUAAAGCAGGGGUGCUCAUGAAGUCGAUCGCUGGGUAGAUCUUGCCAUAAAAAAUACUUUUUAAAAAUUGGAGGCAAAAAAAAUUGU